GCUGCAGCGGGCGCCAUGCAUCGGGCGCGCCCCGCGCUCUGGUCGGCUCUGCUCGCCGCCCUGGCAUUGCUCCGCGGACCGCCAGUGGCACGGGCGGGCGCGGGCGCGGUGGGCGCCGGCCCCGUGGUGCGCUGCGAGCCCUGCGACGCGAACGCGCUGGCCCAGUGCGCGCCUCCGCCCACCGCGCCCGCGUGCGCCGAGCUGGUGCGCGAGCCGGGCUGCGGCUGCUGCCUGACGUGUGCGCUGCGUGAGGGCCAACCGUGUGGCGUCUACACCGAACGCUGCGGCGCGGGCCUCAGCUGCCAGGCCCCGCCGGGCGAGCCGCGCCCGUUGCAGGCGCUGCUGGACGGCCGCGGGUUCUGCGCCAACGCCAGCGCCGCCGGCCGCCUGCGCGCAUACCUGCUGCCGGCGCCCUCCGCCCCAGGAAAUGCUAGUGAGUCGGAGGAGGACCGUGGCACAGGGAGUGUCGAGAGCCACGCUGCACCCAGCACACACCGGGGGACUGACUCCAAGUUCCGUCCCAUCCAUGCAAAGCUGGAUGCCAUCAAGAAAGGUCACGCCAAGGACAGCCAGCGCUACAAAGUCGACUACGAGUCCCAGAGUACAGACACCCAGAACUUCUCCUCGGAGUCCAAGCGGGAGACAGAAUAUGGCCCCUGCCGCCGAGAGAUGGAGGACACCCUGAAUCACCUCAAGUUCCUCAAUGUGCUGAGUCCCCGGGGUGUGCACAUCCCCAACUGCGACAAGAAGGGGUUUUACAAGAAGAAGCAGUGCCGCCCUUCCAAAGGCAGAAAGCGAGGCUUCUGCUGGUGUGUGGACAAGUAUGGGCACCCCCUCCCAGGCCUGGACGGCAAGGGCAAGGACGACGUGCACUGCCUGGGCAUGCAGAGCCAGUGAACCUGCUGCACCGUUUAAAGUGGAGCUCCAGUACGCCUUACUUUGCACAAAAGACUGCCACAGACAGAACAGCACCUGGCUACAGCCUCAACUUAAAUUUCUUUUUGUGGUGAACUAUUUUUGUUUGUUUUUUUUAAGAAAACCAAAGUUUAGACAGAUUUUUGAAAUGUCUAUUGUUCCUUUAAAUGGUAAACUUGAGCAUCUUUCCACUUUCCAGUAGUCAGAAAAAAAAUUGAAUUUCUCUGUUGCUUUCUAUAAACAUAACUGAUCCUCCUGCCCAAAGCAGCAGGCUUGAUCCCCUUCCAGAGUCCUCUCCACACCUGCCCCCUGCAGCGCUGACCCUCUGCCGUCCUCACUGCAGUGGCCAUGUGGCUAUGGUAGAAAACAUACCUCCUCGCUGCCCUCCGCCGGCUCAGGCCUCAUGGAGAAUGGGGAAGCCAGAAACUCCAGUCACCUGAACAUCCGACCACACCUGAGGCCCCCAGCCCUCCUGACACCAUCUUUGACUCCAGGGCCUGGACUCCUUGCCACAAAGCUUCUUCCAUUAUCUGCAAGUGACUUGAUCUGCUCAAAAUAUUGGAGAGAUUGAGGUGCAAUCUUAACUGACCAAGAAAAUUCUAGCACAUUCUGGAAACCUCUAACAGCCAAUCUUUCUGACCUCCCUCUGUCAGGCAGCUUUUCAAGGAUGGAGCCCAGCAGAAGGCCCGGCGUGGCCUUUACUGUGCUCUGGCAGGGCAGGGGGGACCUGGGGGCAUGCCUCGCUCCUCACAGGCCUCAACAGUAAUGGUGUGAUCAGUGUGGAGACAGCAAGAAAAUGAUGUUUUCUAAUCCAACUCCAAGUCUGGAGUUGAAGAUAAUAAGCUCUUUAAAGGCAAAAGUUUAUUUUCACCCCUCAUCUUUAUCCUUCUUGACAGAACAAAAAAAAAAAUAUUUUUAAUGUUAUCUAAACAGGAAAGAUGAAUGGCUCGUUGAGAGAGCCUCAUAAGGACACUGGGAACACAUAGAGAAUAACUUGUGUUGGUUGAACUUGGAGUCCGACUUAUACUUUAUAAUUCACACAUAUAUGCAGAGAAAGAUAUGUUCGUAAUUGUUAGCAUUGUAUACAGCACAGCCCCACUGCAAUAGGGUCCACACUAGAUAGUCCUAGAGUGUUAGCUACUAGGUGGCAUCACUAUGGCCAUGACCAGGAGAGGGCGCUUGCUCCGUCCAC